AUGUCUAGCAUCGAACCUUUUGAAAUCCCGUCCAUUCCACCUCAGCGUCUUGCUUCGCUCAAAGAAAAGCUACAGAACGUUGAGUAUCCGAACGAGCUCGAAAAGAAUGUUGGCUGGAAGUAUGGUGCACCUCGACGAGCUGUUGAGCCUCUCGUUCAAGCCUGGCUCAACGACUACAACUGGGAAAAGGCGCGUGCCGAAAUGAACAAGUGGCAUCACUACCGCGCGGAAAUCCAAAGUUUACGGGUGCACUUUAUCCAUGAACGUUCGAGCAACCCUGAUGCUGUUCCUCUCCUCAUGCUGAACGGCUGGCCGUCAAGCUUUUACGAAUAUCACAAGGUGAUCGAUUCUCUUCGAGACGGUGCUAAUGGCGGUCAGGCUUUCCAUGUGGUGAUUGUAAGCCAUGCUGGAUUUGGCUUUUCAGAAGCACCCAAACUUCCCGGCCACGGUGGCUCAAAGAGCGGUGAAAUCUUUCACGAGCUCAUGACAUCAGUACUCGGUUACGAUGAAUACAUGGUUCACGGAUCCGACUUUGGCACCAUGGUCGGCAAAUGGCUCGCUGUCAAGCAUCCUCAGCAGUGCAAGGGAUUCCACACGGCCACGUCCGGAUGUAUGCCACCCAUCCCAACGCCCGGUUUUCUAUGGUCCCACCCACUCAAGGUGGCAAACUUUAUGGCUAGCAUCGCUCUCGGUAUGGACACAGUCUAUGGUCGUGGUUCUUCCAAAAUCAAGGGCCGAUCGUUUGUCGACGUUGAGAAUGAUCCUGAACUUGGUUACUGUGCCAUCCAGAGUACACGACCGUACACUUUAGCAUAUGGUUUGACUGACAGUCCAGUGGGCCUUUUGGCUUGGCUACUCGAAAAGUACCACAAUUGGUCAUAUCCUGAAAACAAGGAUGACAGUGUCGUGUUGCCAGACACCAUCACCACCGACGAGUUCCUCACUCAAGUCACUCUCUUCUGGCUGACAAAUUCGAUUUCCUCGUCGAUCCGUUUCUACUAUGAAACCUUCAAUGAUGCAGGAGUGAAGGCGGUGUUCCCGCUUUACGUCAACAUCCCGAGUGCAGUGUCCUGCUUCCCUGCUGAUCUAAGCAAGGUCCCUCGCGAAUGGCUUGAAGCAAACUUCAAUUUGCAGCAAUACAACGAACUCGACAUGGGAGGUCAUUUUCCGGCCUUGGAGUGUGGAGCGUUGCUGGUGGAUGAGGUGCAACGAUUUGGCAAAUUUUUGAAGACGAUGGAAUACUUAAAAACACUGUUACAUCCAGCACGCGACUUUGUGGAUUUCGUCAACAAGUCGCCAUCGCCCUUCCACUGCACUCAUGGAGCUGCUGAGCUGCUGAAACAGGCAGGUUUCACAGAGAUCAAGGAACGUGACAACUGGAAUGGUGCUAUUGAACGCAAUGGCAAAUACUAUUUUACUCGAAACGGCUCGUGA